AAGUGUCAGUAAAAUCAUUACAUUGGUAUCAAACAUUCUAGAAAAAAAAGCAAGAAAUGAAAUAAAAAUGCCUGCUGGUGUACUUCAGCUCCACCAGACCAUGAGGGAUUUCCAUGCUGUGGCUGGCUUUCCAAGAAUCAUUGGAGCCAUAGAUGGUACUCAUGUGCCAAUCAAGGCACCAACUGAUGAUGAAGCAAUUUUUGUCAACAGAAAAAAAUUCCAUUCCUUAAAUAUCCAAGUUGUUUGUGAUGCUCAUAGAAUGAUCAUAAACUAUGUUGUAAAGUUUCCUGGCAGCACACAUGAUGCUUACAUUUGGAACAACAGCACACUUCGAACCAGAUUUCAACGGGGUGAAUUCAGAGAUGCAAUACUCUUGGGAGAUAGUGGUUAUCCACUUGAACCAUUUCUGAUGACGCCAUUUGCCAACCCUGUAUUACGAGGCGAAGAAGAAUUCAAUAGAUGCCACACAAGAACAAGAGUAAUCAUUGAACAAACCUUUGGAGUCUUGAAGUCAAGAUUCAGGUGCUUGCAUCGAUCAGGAGGAAACCUU